AUGAUUCCAAGUCAAAUACCAAUGCUUCCGAAUCCGUCGGAACAUGAUAGUCUAACUCAAAGACAAGAAACUCGACGAAGAAGACGACAACGACGACGUCAACGAAGGCGAGAACGACAAGAAUUACUGCGACAGGAGCAAUUACAACAACAGCAACAGCAGAGACACCAUCGACAGCGAAAUCGACAAACAAGACAAUAA